AUGCUAGUUGAUCUUGCGGAGAAUUUUGCUUCACCCGCAAGCAGUGAUGACGAAGCUUCUUUUCCGCCAUCACCAACAGAAAUUCCUCCAGACCUUAAUGGAUUUAUGAAGUUUAUUCUCGUCUGUGGUAUUGGGCCAGAUGAAUACAACAGGAUCUCAGCUUGUCAAUCCGCUAAGGAGAUCUGGGAAGCUCUUCAAACAGCACACGAAGGGAUAACUCAAGUCAAGCCGUCGAAGAUUGACAUGUUAACAACUGAGUAUGAGCUCUUCAGGAUGAAAGAUGAUGAGUUCAUUCAUGAUAUUCACACUCGCUUCACCUCUAUCAUCAAUGAGCUUUACUCUCUGGGAGAAAUCAUUCCCAGGAACAAACUUGUCAGGAAAAUACUUAGUGUAUUACCAGGUUUCUGGGAAAGCAAGGUUAACGCCAUCAUAGAGGCAAAGGAUUUGUAG